UAAGUAUUAUUCUUAUCACAAAUUUUUAAAAAAAAAUCGGUGUUCAUUAAUUUAAUGAAUGGCGGAAUUUUUGGACAAGCAUCAACUGCCAAUUUAGUGGGUUUGGCACGUGCUUCCUAAUGAUUGCCAAAAUAAAGAAAGAAAUAGAACUUUUCUCUCUUCAUUCAUUCACUAUAGCUUUCUCUCUCUUCGUUUUUCUCUCUCUAAAAAGCAAGUAACUGGCGAUUUCGAGCGUUUUCUCUGUCCUCCAUUGUUGAUUUUCGAGCUUUUUCUUUCUUCUUUUUCACUGGUGAAGUUGUUAUUUGCUUAAUUCAGGUUCGUUUACUUAUUUUUUUGAGAUUUUUGUUAGUUUAAAUUGUUUUGAUUCUUCGAUUUUUAGGUUUUUUGAUUUUGUUUUGUUUUCGAUUUUCGUAGUGUUGAUUCUGCAAUGGUGAAGAAGAAGAUUACAAAGAAGGCUGUAGAUGCUGAAGAAGGUGGUUCAAUAGGUGGUUAUCGUUAUAAAAAGCCUACAAAAGGAAAAGGAAAGCCUAAAGAGCCUGCUAAGCCUAAACCAGUACCAAAAAAGACCCAGAUAGCUCCUGAGAAGAGCAAAGCAGUAUCUAAAAAGGCUGGGAAAAUUCCUGAGAGUGACAAACCAGAGUCUGAGAUGGCCAAAAUAGUUCCUAAGAAGGCCAAAAUUGUACCUAAGAAAGCUAAUACAGUGGAAGAUCCUGAUUAUGAAAUGCUUUCUGAAUCUGAUUCUGGAUCUUUUAUGUAAGUAUACAUAUUUUUUUAUUACAUUUUUAAUUAUAUUUUGUUUUUAUUUUAUAUUGUUUUAGUUACAUUUUCUUUCUUUUUUUUCUAUUUAGGGAGCAAAGAAGAAUCAUUGCAAGAUGUAGACCCUAUUCAUUGGAAAUAUUGCUGCAGAACUUUAGUCCUGAGCAAAAACAGGCUGUUGAAGAAAUUGGUUUUGGAGGUUUAUUACAUCUUAAAUUGAAAACUCUUAAUCGUCAAAUGCUACCUUGGCUUGUUGAAAACUCCAAUGCUGGUAGCUGCAUGUUUACCAUCGCUACUGGUAAAGAAUUUGUU